AAUCGCACGGGAAACAUGAAAACCUGCUAGUUCCCGGCACCUUGAAAAUGUUAUCUUUAUUGUGAUAAUUAUAUGAAGAUUGUGAUGGAUUUUAUAUUAAUAAAUUAUAGUCUUAAAUGAACAUCUACUAUUAAAAGAACAAAAAAUAUUUAAUAACAAAUCAAAGAUGAGAAUGGCUGAAUCAGAUAGGAAAUGUUCUGCCGAGAUUUAUUUAGCAGAUAACGCUCUACCAAUACCUAUACAAAUAUUUUUAUGGAAACAAGUUAGUCCAUUUGUUCGUCCGAAGCUUGGAAAACUACAUGAAGCCUCAUGUAUGUUUAGUCAACAUGCAAGUACCGGACAUCAUGAAUUGAAAGAGGCAUGUAAAUCUUUUGAGAAGGUUCUUGUUCAAAACAUAAAAUCUGGACUCAAACCCGACUUAACUGAAGCUAUUAAAGCUAUACCAAGAUGGCGUUUAAUACAAGCUUCUCUCCCCCACGUCAUGCAUGCGGUCGCGUCCAUUCUCUACAACAGAAUGAAAGAAGCAAAUAUACAAAAUUUGGGAGCUGUAGAAACAAAAUUGUUGUACACUUUACAUUGGAUAAUACUUGACGCAGUUGACGAAUGUGCGGACGAAGAUUUUGAGAAAGGCAUUUUGCACUAUUCUCAUUUUUAUUACCUGUUUUCUAUCCCAACUAUUACGUUAUUUGUUUACCUCUUUGCUCCAAUAUGUCAUAAUUUGAAAGAAUCGGAUUUUCAAAAUUUUCGACUAGAAAAUGGUUUAAAAAUUUGGCAAGCUAUGUGGGAAUUCAGACACCCUGAAGCCCCUUGUUUUGUUUCUCACUGUAAACCGAAGCCUAAGUUUCUUAAUGGAAAAAAUUUGAAGAUCAAACAACAAUUUGGGGAUGUAUUUGUGGGUAGAAAACAAUCACAUGAAGAAAUUCUCACACGAGAUAGUCCAACUAUAAGUCAUGGUGUUAGUGCUUCUAGUUCAGAACAACAGCAUUUUCCAAUUGCUGGAACCGCUACUCCAGUUACCAUCACCGCUACUAUAACUACUAAAGUUGAUGAUGAGGGUUCUUGGGUAUCUUCACCAAAAGACACCGUUUUCCCUGAAACCAUCCCAGAAGAGAGCUCGAGCACAGAAGAAGAGCACGUAGUAAUAUUUAGGCUACCAUCUUUAAAUGAAUCAGAUGGAUUCACAAGGGAUCCGUCUAUUUAUACAGCCGAAACUAGUAUAAUUCAAUUAGCAAUGAGAAGAAACGGUAGCACACGAAACAAUCAAGGGAAAAGUGAACAUAUUUCCCCUGUAGAAACCAAGUCUAGCACGAAACCACCAAUGCAAAAAGUUGGAUCAUCUACUGAUAAAGAUUCACUAGAUAGUAGUAAAAUUCCUUCAACGGAAGGUCAGCCAAGAGACGAAGGUGGAAAAAUAUCUCCACAUAUCCAUGACAGUUCCGCUGCUAGUUUUUUAGAUGUAGCAGUGCUCAGGUGUCUUUUCAUAACUCUGUGGCAAGAGGAAGGAAUUUAUUGGGCUCUACAUUACAUAUAUAAUAGAUUACGGGAUAUCAACGAUGAGUCAGUUGGACAACAACAACCUAGAAAAAGGAGCAAUUCUUUACCCAUACCUAAAAUAGAAGUGUCUCUUUAUUCAAGUAAUGAAUCGAAAAAAAAUGGAAAUGAUAAUAAGGAUUUCAUAGAAGUACCAGAAAUUAAAGACGUCUCUCUUUUAUCAGAAUCACCUUUUAUAAGUCAAACAAAAUCCGAAGAGUCUCUACACAAAAGAACAGCUAGCGAAAAAAUUGGCAAAAAGCGUAAAAAAAUAGCCGAUUUAAAGACUUUUGUUGAAACCAAACUGUUAUCUAAAUCGGACAAAGCUUUGGAAAAAAUUGGACACGACGAGCAAAAACCUUUAACAAAACGUUCGGUGGGUUCGAGAAGAAUGUUAAAUGUACUACAAGAUUAUCAUAGGAGUUUAGAUACAGGUGACGAACAUCUGACUAGGCCGCAGUCCUCAUUAUCUAAAAUGUUUGAGCCACCCAGUAAUCUGGUUAAAGGAAAAAGUAUGCCUAGUUUAAGCUGUAUUUUAGAUGAACUGAAUCAACCGGGAGGGUUUAUCGAUGAAUCGAACUGGGAGGUAAAAAGAGGUGGGAAAUAUAUCCAAAACCAACCAAUGGCAAAUCCUAUCAUCACAGUUACUGAGCACACGCCGACGCCAUCUCCCGACUUUUUACGAAGACAAGGGUCAAUGGAUAGUCAGCUUGAUGUAGCAAGUUUAUCAGGUAGUAAAUUAGGAAACUGGCAAGAAAGAAAACCCAGCUUAACUCGUUCUCAAACCGAUUCCAAUAUUACUUAUGCAAGUGAAGACAUUCCUGAAGCACCAGGUGCUGCUUGUUAUAUAACAAAGGAUGGUGAUAUCGAUUUGCAAGUAGUUCUGCAGGCAGCGCAUAGAAGCUCACUUAGAGACAGUGCUUCUUGUACAUUAAGAGUUUUAGAAGUGAUUCUGAAUAUUAUCGAACUUUUAAUGGACAUGGGUGUUUUGAAACAAUGUCUGAAAGAAGAAGCCGUUAGUAAUACUAUUAAUCAGCAUGAAAAUGCUAGUCCAAACAGAAGAACAGGAAAAAUACCGCAAAGUUCCACUCAUGGAUCACUCGGUGUUGGUGAUCCCGAAAAAAGUAAACCUAUUUCCUCACACAGACUUAUUAUGAACACCAUAGUGAGAGUUUUAAAACAUCUCGGUUGUCCUCAAGGCUGCGCUGACGGUCAAAGAGGACCUGCCGCUGAGUUUCUCAGAACUCAAUCACAAAAUAUUCUUGUGAAACUCAAUAGAGCUAGUCCGAAGCAAUUCAAGGGCUUCUUAAAAGAUUACGUCAAAUACCAACCAAUAACUGACGUUAUGGAUCUAUUUCAUUCCUAUGUUGGUUUCUGCAUAGAUCCUAGUUCACUUUUGUCGCCUCUGAACCAGAAGAGGGACUCUAGCAAGUCACAGGACACAGUAUCGCAAGGUGGUUAUGGUAGGAACUUUGGCACAGGCCUUGGAGGCGGUGGAAUCAAAGGAAUCGAGGGCACCAUUAUAUCUCAUGUCUUCAAACCUUUGGUUACACGUUUUGUCGAAUCCAGCAAAGACAUCAAAUCGCCGGAAAAUGUUGGUCUUUACUGCGAAAUCAGGCAAUUAAUGACAUACAUCAAAGAAGGACAUGGUAGUAUUUUUAGAAGGGUAGCUUUAAGUGCUUUAAUUGAUACUGCUGAUAGACCUAGCAAAAAAGAUGCUACUCUCCAGACUACUAGAGUGAUUAGGCAUAUGCAUCCUUCAGAAAUAGAAGAGCAACAAGACAUACCAACAGAUACACAAUCGUAUACAGAAGACAAAGGUACAAGAAAAUCUCUUUUCAAAAAACGAAGUACUUCAUCGACUUGUCCAAGUCUUUUGGAAACUGAAGCGGAGGAACUACCAAAAACUAGUCAGAGUCCUUUGGGAAAUUUGAGAAAAAAACAUCAUAUUUUGACUCCAAGACAAAGCGAACGAGCACUAGGUAUCGCUGUGGAACCAACGAUAACUAUAAAAACAAAAAAGUCUAAAUUAGGAGGCUUAGUUAACUGGUUCAGAAAAGGAGAUACUUCAUCAACUGAUGAAUUAGAUAAUGUAGACAAUGGUGAUUCUUUCACUGAUACUUCGAGCUUUAUUAGACAAGCGUCAAAAUACUAUCAGCAGAAAGAACAUGGAAAAAGUAACGUGAGUCAAAGUAUUCAAAAAGCUAAACGUAGAAUGGAAGACAAGUUCAAAUUUGUUUUGAAAAAAGGAAAGAAGAAAGAUGGUAGUCAAGAAGAAUCUGCUGGUGGAUAUUUUAGUAGAAAAAAUUCCAUGGAAUUCGGUGAAACAUCUAGAGAAUCAGAAUUUGUAGUCCUAAAAGAAAGAAGAUUGGUUUCAACGAAUUUAGUUUGCCAAGGAGUGUCAAGACUAUCUUUUCUUCUAGAAACAUGUCCACCUGGCUCUGUUCCUGAUGCCCAUCUAUUAGCGUCAGUUUUAGACUUGCCUCAUUCAACUGUAGUGGCAAGAGCAUCUCUCCUUCUAGAAUGCGCAUAUUUUGUUCAUUGUUGUAAUAAAAAUCAGUGGCCUCCGUGGAUGAAGUAUAAUAUCCCAGUGUACAGACCAUCAGGUCCUAUACCAGCAAGAGGAAAUAGUACUACUGGACUUCGAAGAUCACAUGUUAUGCAAAGAGCCGCAGGGAAAAUGUUUUAUCAGUGGGCAGAAAUAAUUGGACAAAGAUUGGAAGAAUUUAUUAAUGAAGAUAAAACACUACGAGCAUCAGUUAUCGCAAUGGUUACGGAUGAACAAAAACAAAGAGAACUGUUGAUUCAAGAUGAAGAAGAAGAUUUCUUGGACGAGGCAAGUAUACAUUCAUAUGGAUCUUCUUGUCCUAUGGCACUGCGACUGAUAGCUUGUGUUCUUCUGCAAGAAAUUACUGCGUUUUUACGUGAAACAUAUCAAACUUUACCGAAAUCAUCAAGAAUAAUCGAAAAGGGUAAGCCAACCGCUUGGGAUAAGUUAUAUAGCAGAGAAGCCAAUAGGAGGUGGAGUAUGGCUUUAUCUUCUAUGGGCCAUUCUCAAACUUCAGCACAAAGUUUGCAAUCAAUAGCAGGUGACAGAGAUUCAGGCCAAACUGGAGAAAGAAAAAUAAGUUUUGUGGUUCACGAACCAGAUAAUGAAUCAGAAGGUAGCAGCAAUACAACUGUAACAUUACAGCAAUUUUUGCAAGGUGAUGAUCCAAAGCGACAGCAGGCAAGACCAUCAUAUAUUUUGAGAAGAGGCACGGCAGCACCAAGUGGAGGUUCUUUCAAAAGGCGCAGCUUAAAACUGAGAAGAGGCACCAAAGAUGGAAUGGAUCCAGAUUGGAAGAUUCCUGAUUCAGUGAAACGCACAGAUUCCAUUCAAUCUAAAAGAAAAGUUAGUUCCAUAUCGGAUAGAAGCGAUACUUCUGAACCUGGAGCACCAGGGGAGGUUAGUGGUGAAGAAUCACCUGGUGUUCUAAGCGAUGAACAGCCUCCCGAAAGUCCAAGCGACAGUAAUGACACUGACGACACUUCAAAGCAUAUGCCGUGGCUGAAAACUAUGAUCCAAGUAUCUAAUUCUCUUUACUAUUAUUGCCCUCAUCAAAAUUUUUGUCAUCCUUUUUGCUAUAGAAGAGUUAUGAGAGGAUGUAGUAGACUUAUUAAAGCGGUAAGGAAAGUGUAUGGCGAAGAAUUCGGAAUAUUGGAGGAUAGAUUGUGUAUGGAUUUUGGCGAUAAAAAGAAGACUAAGAAAGAAAAGGGACAGAAUAGAAAAGUAUCAGAUCAAACUAGCUCAACCGUAUCCCCGAUUAGAAGAAAAGAUAGUGUUGGGAAAAAAGAUAAAAUUGAUAAAAAUACUGACCAGCUGGGUAAAAUGUAUUCCAAAGAAUCUUCUCGCGAUAUUAUAGAUUCUGAUGCAGGAGAUCAAAAAACUACUUCUGUCAAAAAACCUGAGGAAACGCCUCUUAUUUUAAAAUAUAUUAAAGCCCAAGUUAAAGAUGCUUUCCAUUCCCAUUUAGCAGUAUUACUCAAAGGAGCAGUAAUCCUAAACGAAGAUCAUUUUCAAGAAAUUAUUCCGGUAGCUUGGGAAUUACUUCUUGAACCAAAUCAGGAAGUUACGGCUUGCGCAGCUUCCAUUUUUAUACUUGGAGCUGUUAAAUCUCCUCAAACAGCAUCCGAUAUAAUGCAACACGGUCUUUCGCAUCCUGAUUGCUCUACUAGAAUUAAUGCUAUCCUACGUUUCCAAGUGUUAUGGAAGAUGAGAUACCAAGUAUGGCCAAGAAUGGAAGAAAACGCCCAAUUACUUUUCAAAGUACCACCACCCGGUAUUGAAUUCACUUUACCUUCACCAAAAAUCGGUAUCGAAUCCUUGGAUGUAGUAGAUUCUCCUUGGGAAUUGCUAGUUAAAACAAAAGUUGAAGAAGUUACUAUUAAUCAAGAAAGACAUAGAUCACUAGUUACAGCUACAAAAACUAGAAAAAAGCAACAAACUGAGCUGAUAAAAAUGGCGUUACAAGCACAAGAUGAUAAGAAAAGGGAAGAACGAGAAAACUUUUUGAUUACAACCAUUCCAAUUACAAUGCAAGCUGCACAUGAACCAAGUUUGUAUCAUACCAGCGAAGAACAUGAAGAAGUUGAUGAUGAACAAGCUGAUGGACAACCUAGGAAUACCGGUCAUCAUCUCCAUUCCGCUCAUUCUUUAUUCCCUUCUUGUCUGUGUUCUGCAGUUGUUCAGAUAAUAAAUCUCUUAGACGAUGCAGCAGUUUCCGCAGAUGGAAAUGCAGUAUAUGAAGUAGCAUAUCAAGUUAUUUGGACGUGUUUGGUGGAAGACAGUGCUUUAUUUCUGAGGUAUAUUCUGGAAAGACUUACGAGAGAAAAACAAGAAUUAAUGUUCAAAAUAUUGAGACAUUUGAUAAGAUUCAUUCCGAAGCUACCACAACAAGCAGCUUUUGCUCUUUAUAAUUAUAUUAUAGGUUAUGUUAUGUUUUACGUAAGAACGCCGCAUGAAGAUGGUCAAAAGCUUAUUGGAGCUGCUCUCUCACUUUUAUGGAUGGUGGUUCACAGCGUUCAUGGUAUUAUGUUCAAAGAUCUCAAGCAAAUAUUAAGGAAGGAACAAUGUGAUGCAUCAAUUUUACUUACUGCUAAUGUCCCUUCGGCAAAAAAGAUUAUCGUACAUGGUCCGCAAGAUCCUGAUGCGGGAGGUAUCCCUUCGCAAUUUCCAGUUCAAGAAGAUACCCAAUUUUGUCAAAUCUUAAGAGAGGGAUUAGAUUUUUUCGGAAUUGAAGAAUCUAAACAUAAAGAAUUCUUUUUGGUCGAUUAUAAAACUCAUCAAAUUAGAAAUCCUUCGUCAUAUGUCCGCGAUUAUUAUUUUUUCAAAAGAUCACAGUAUCCACAAUUGGAAUUGGUUCAUAUGAAGCCUGAUGUUGCAUUUAACGCGUUGCAAAAACAAGAACUGCUUCACAAGUUCGUUGAAAUCGGUAAAGUUCUUCUUACAUGGGCGAUAUUGAAAAACGUAGACAUGGUGGUACAAAGGGUUGUUUUUCUACAUGAAGAACUUAUGAAACUUCCUUCUUUCCCAAGAAAAGCUCUUGAAUCUGAUUUGGAUCUAUAUAAAAGCGGACCAUUAGGAAAAGAGCUUCUUGGUUUGGACGUCUUACAUAAAUUUAUGUGGGUGAGACUUAUAGCAAGAAUGUUCGAGGCUAUGGCAGGAAAUUUCGCUUAUUCUGGAGAUAUUCAUCUAUUUGUGAAUGUUUUGAAUGGAGCGUUAGUUCUGCAUUCUGAAGAUGCUUGUAUUUUAAGAUACGUUACAGCGACUUAUAUAAACGCCGCUUUUCAUUUCAAAAAUAUAUUUUCAACAAAUGGAUAUCUAUUAAUCAUGCCGACUUUAUUGAAAAUCUACUCCAAUCAUCAGACAAAUAAGCUGGUGACUACCACAAUCGAAUAUGCUGUGAAACAAUUUUAUCUGAUGAAUAGGAAACCAUUUAUUUUGCAAAUGUUUGGUUCCGUUUCCGCCAUGUUGGAUACUGAUGAGGAAGGAACUUACGGCGAUGCUCAUAAGAUUCAAUCUAGUUGUUUAUUCAACCUCCUGAUGAGUCUGGAAACGCCAUCUCCAGAUCCAUUGAACAUAGCAGAAUUGGUCAAAGAAGAAAAACCUUUAAAAGCAAUCGAUUUUUGCUACCACGACGAGAACGAAAUGGUUACCAUAUUGGACUGUAUUUCAAUGUGUGUUAUGGUAGUUUCCUACUCAUCUGAAAGUGUUAGAGGUUACCAGAUGCUGAUAAUAUUAGAAGCAAUAUUACCCUGCUACGUCAAACAAAUUCAAUUACCAACGUACAACAAAGAAGGCAAGAAGGAAAAGGAUAUCAUAAAUCAACUUGCUGUUGCCAUAAAAACUUUGGUCAAUAACUGCGAAUCUCUUACUAAGAGCUACAACGGUCCAUAUCGAUCAAGUCCCGAACACAAAGGGUCCAGUCAAAGGAACUACAGCCGCGGACCUUAUUCGCCAGGUUUCGACUUCGAGGAUGAUUCACAUUCGAAGUUUAUGAGCGAGCAUUCUAGAGCUAAAAGUAUGUACGAACACGAUGUCGAAGAUUCGGAAGUACUAAGGGCGGAAUACAGGAGACCGAGAGACGUUUUAUUAUCAUUAGUCGGAGAGUUCGUAUGCAGAGCCGCGACAAGACUACAAGAUUUAAAUAAGAAAAAUAACAGUGAUGGAAAAGUUGUGGAGCUGUUGGAUAUCAAAUCACAUGUGCGUUUAGCUGAUAUAGCUCAUACAUUAUUGAAAGUUUCACCAUACGAUCCAGAAUCAAUGGGUUGUAGAGGAUUACAGCAUUAUAUGACAUACAUAUUACCAUCCACGGAUUGGUCUAAUGAUGCAAUGAGACCAGCGCUGGUAACGAUACUAAGAAGAUUGGAUAAAGUUUUUCAAAAAAUAUCUAAGAAGCCUUCUAUACGCAGAAACACUGAUUGGGAUGCAGCUGCUGGACUUCUCAAGGGUAUUUAUGAUACAAUGGUCAAGUAUCCAUACAUCAUCCACUGGUCUCAAAUUAGAGCGCUUAUCAGUACCUGUCAGAGUUUAAUUGUAAGUGACAGUGGCACUCAAGAAGGAGUUUCCGGAGCAACAGCUGCCCUAAUGAGCCAGGCUCCGCCAGCGCAUUUUUGUUCUAUGGUAGUACGUUUGAUCGCCUUACAAAUUCAAAAUACACAGGAUUCGUGUACACUUGAACAAGUUUGCGGUGGCAGUUCGGUAUUUCCAACACAAGAUAAAACCGAAAGUAUGAUUAUAAAUCUAAUAAUGCCUCUUUGUCUUCGAGUUGGAUCGGGAAGAAAAGAUGUUGGUCAAAUGAAUCAACAAGAUAUUAGUUUCGCAUUGACUUUAGUACUUCACGCUAUGAGUCCUCCAAAUACUAAAAAUGUAGGUCCAUCUGGGACGAAUGUUAAGCCAACAGCUGAAAAUAGAACGGGAAGUUUAACCUUUACAGGCACUAGAGACACCAAAACGUCUGCUAAAAUAAAUACUUCAUUAUAUCAAGUAGCAUUUUUAGCUCUCAAAAUAAUGGCCAUAUGCUUCGAAGGUGAGCUAAUGAGCGAAUGGUCAAGGAUCGGAAGAACAAUGAGAGAGCUUGGCAAAAGAAAUGAAGCUGCUACAUUUGUGUGGGAUUUCUUAGAUUUCGUUGUUACUCACAGGACGGUUCUUUAUAUACUAAUGCAACCUUUCAUAUUCCAAAAGUUAGCACAGCCGCCAAUUUCUGAUUUUGAACGGAACAUGCAUACAAAAAUAAGAAAUAAGAUGAGAAGUAUCGGUUUACCGCUGCCUAAAGGCAGAGGUGCUUUAUUAAUGGAGCUAGCACAAGAAAUGAAAUUAUUAAAAGAGGAAUUAGAUGAAUCAACUGAAUCUACUUCGGAACCAAAGAAAGAUACAACGCCGACGUGUCAGAUUACGACAGAAAUACAACCCAUGAGAAAUCAAAGGCAUUCUUUAAUCGGGCUUUUUACUGGUGAAGGUCUUCAUGCAUCUAAAUCUGCUCCAUCUCAUGAUGUAAUACAAUCCCAUUUAAAAGAAUCAUCUAGUACCAGUCACACAUCUACUCCAGUCCAAAGUUCACAUAUAAGUGAAGGUCAAGAGCCAAAUGCUAAUGGACAGUCGACUCCUAGUGCUCAACCGGAUCGUUCCUCUCAAAGAUCUUCAGUCAGUGAUGAUCAUGGUGUCCCUAUUCCCAAAUCAGAAUCCCUUCUACUUCACAAGGCACAUAAACUUCGUUUCGUAUCUUCUGUAGAAUUUAGACAUUCUUCAGGUGAAACAUCAACAACUCCUCUUAGCCCUGGCAGUCCAACAGAGGAUAGUUCGGGAGAAAUAUAUCCGAAUAAAUCGAGAUUACAAAGAAUUAAGCCGCAAAGCAGAAAAACGUUUCGUCUCCGAAAAAGCAAGAAAAAUCGACAAGCCGAAAUUAUCCAAUCAAAACUAGAAACAGAGUCAACUAUAAGUCCUCAACAUCAAGACUCAGUGUCACCUCCUGUUUCUCCUCCCGAUACGGCACAGUCUUCCCAAGAUAGUUGCCAAUUUCCUACACCGCCACAACCCCCAAUCGGCCAAAAGUCCGAACUGGUACAAAAUCAACGAUUCGAACCAUUAUCAGAUUCUCAUCGAUUAAGAAUUGCUACAAGGAGUAAAAUGACAGAUGGAUCUUGGGAUGAAGACUCGGCAAUUUCGCAGACUUCUAGCACAUCGGGAUACAGAGAAUCUUAUCCAGUGAUACACCUCAAAGAAACUCUGGAAUCUUCGCCGAAGGCUUUUCCUCCUUUAGCUUCUCCAGAUGUUCACAGUUUACCGUCCACAAGUAGUGCUACAACAACGAAUAAUUUUUUCGUAAUGGACAACUCAUCUCCGGAUUGUAGCCUUAACGAAAAUGGCGAAAAGGCUGCACUACUAGGUCCCAACGAAAAGUCUUCUUCUCAUCAGUCAUUAGUGAUGGUAUUUGAACCGCAAGAUGAAAACACUCUCAUAUAAAUAUUUGAAUGGUAGUAUUAUAUAUUUUUUAAAUGUUUAACUAAAUUUAAGAAUUAUUUUUGUUGCUAAAUUGUCUUUAUUUAAGGUUUCUUCUGAAACUAUUAGCAAAAUAUAUUUUUUGAUAAAGACCGAAAUGGAUACAUAUUUUAAGAUGUAAUUUUCAACUAGAAGAGGCUAAAAAUCAAGACAAGUUAGCUACAAAAACAUAUAAAAGGGUCUAAGGAAUAAGAAAUAAAGAAAUGUAUUCAUGAUAUGAUGUCAUAGAAAACAAUUUUUUAUUGGUAAUGUCAACUAAUAACAAACACCAAAUUUACCAUAAUCAAAUAUUAAAAAAUUGUUACCUUGAAACAAAUAAAAAAAUAAAGUUUUAACAAUGAGAA